AUGGAGUCUUCAGCGCUAUCCCAAAUUGUCAUUCUUAAGCACAUCAGUGGGAAUAAGAUUCUUAAAGUUGUACCAACAGGGAUGAUACAACUUUGUAGAGAAGUUUCAAAGCAUUUCCCAAAGAUUGAGGAAUAUAGUCUCACUUAUUACUCUCCUGAUAAAAUCGAAAAAUAAAAUUACAAAUUCAUCUGAUUACAGCCAAGCUCUAACAGAAUGAGAGAGUCAGUUUGCAAUACACAUUUACAUAAAGUCAGUCGCCUCUAGAGCUCCCAUCAGAGAUAGAGAUUUCUGAAGCAAAUAGGCUUUCAAGUAAUGAUUCAUUUGAAGAAGACUCAACAAAAUCAUUUGAGAAUAAAUCUGGAGAUACCUCUGAAAAAGUCUCUAUCGUCUCAAAUUUGACAGAGAAACCCUUCACUGCAAUGAUCUCAGGGAAAAGAGCUGCAGAUCUUUCACAUUCAAAUUAUGAUAGAACCAGUGUGUCUUCUAUCUGACAGAGAAGAGAGAAUAUGUUACUGCCUAAAUGCCAGCAGACAUCGGAUAAUAUCUCAAACUACUCUUUUGAAGUUGUUGGAUAUGUAGCUGAUCCAAAAAUUAGUAUCCCACAAAAGUCUAAAAUUAAAUCAGCUUAUAGAGAAUUACAGAAAAUGGCUGUUGUUAAGAAAAUCAUAACAAGUAGCUCUGAAGUGACCAUCAAGGUCGUUAAUAAUGCUGUAUACUCUUGGCCAGAUGAUGUCUAUCUCAAAUUUAAUAAUAAAGAAAUCAAAGCAGGCUCUCUGAAAUUUAAUAAAACUAAAACUUUUACUGUCGAGAAAUGAAAGCUAAUCCAGCUUAUCAGCCGAAAAUAUGGGCAAAUAGGAAAAGAUAUCAACAUAACAUAAUUCAACACCUCUUUGAA